AUUGUUAUCAAAAGUGCAACACACACACACUCACUCCUCUCUGCUUUUUCUCUCUUUUCACUUGUCUUUCUUGCGUUUCAACUUUAACAAUUGUAUCCAUGGAAUCUUCAAAGAGUGGUGAACCACAAAACUUGCCUAUGUUUACCAAGAAAAGCUCUAUUACUAAUACAGCUAUGACCAAAAAAGGCGUCUAUGUUGCCAUCUCUUACAUGGCUUGUGCUGUUCUCUUGGUCAUAUUCAAUAAGGCAGCUCUUUCAUCUUAUAAAUUUCCAUGCGCAAACGUGAUCACACUUUUUCAGAUGCUAAGUUCGAGUUUGAUCCUCUAUGCUUUGAGACGCUGGAGAAUUAUAUCUUUCACAGUUCAGGAUUCACAUCCUGUGGUUACGCGCACCACGGACCUCGUACCAUUAAAGGCAAUACUGCGUUGUACUCCCGUGGCGUUAUCAUAUUUGCUUUACAUGCUGGUGUCUAUGGAAUCUAUUCGUGGAAUUAGUGUUCCUAUGUACACCACUUUGAGGCGGACAACUGUUUUCUUUACAAUGGUGGCAGAAUAUUUUUUAGCAGGGAAAAAAUAUUCGUCAUACGUUGUUACAUGGAGGUUUUUACGUGUAGGACUUUACUAUUUAAUUUUCGAGUCUUUACGACACACUACCAAGUGUCCCUUCAGUGUAGGAAUAAUCAUACUCGGUGCAUUUCUUGCUGGUGCUCGGGACCUGUCUUAUGACUUCUACAGCUAUACCAUUGUUUUCAUCUCAAACAUAACCACAGCAUUAUACCUGGCGUGUAUAUCUAGGAUUGGAGAAUCUAGUGGCCUUAACAGCUUCGGCUUGAUGUGGUGUAAUGGUAUAAUAUGUACACCCAUUUUGCUAAUUUGGACAGCAUACAGAGGCGACUUAGAAGCUACAAGAAAUUUUCCAUACUUGUACACCCACGGCUUUCAGGCUGUGAUUUUUCUGUCAUGUGCUCUGGCUUUUUUAUUGAACUAUUCUGUAUUCCUAAAUACAACUAUCAAUUCUGCACUAACACAGACAGUCUGCGGAAAUCUUAAGGACUUGUUUACUGUUGGAUUUGGCUGGCUAGUUUUCAGAGGACUUCCAUUUGAUUUGCUGAAUAUUGUUGGCCAGUGUCUUAGCUUUCUGGGAUCUUGUCUGUAUGCUUACUGUAAACUCAAAGGCAUUUAGCUGUGCUUAAAUGUUGUUCAUCAUCUUCAGGAACAUUCACUAUCAAUCUGUAAUAUAUUCAAAUGUUUAAAUCUCUUAUCUUUUGGUAGAAAUCUCUAUUAUGUAUUUAUAGGGAAAAUUCAUGUUUAUAUCAUAUCAUAUAGAUUUAUUAUUAUAAAGAGUAGUUCGGUGCA